UUCACUUUCGAUUUCUUUGUCGCGUAAGCUACGAGGAAAUCCAACGUACUGCAAAUCAAUCGACUUCGCCGUCGUUUGGUUGAUGUUUAGGCCGUUGUGUUAAAUACAAAGUUAAAGUCCUCCCAACUUUAGGACACACGAUGGCUAUUUUUGAAGUGAGCGGUUAUAAAAAAUAUUUUGAACUCCAUGAACAGAUUUUUCCAGCAGGAUUGACGCAUCUUGUAGACCGAACCAACCACUACAACUUUGGCACUAAAACCCAGGAGUUUGCUGUCCCUCCGGGUGUAGACCCUUCAGGGUUUCUAAAGUCCUGCAACCAUGACGGAGGUGUGUGCAUUGAAAUGAACCACGGUACCACCACCCUGGCCUUCAAAUUCAAGCACGGAGUCAUCGUGGCAGUGGACUCCAGAGCCUCAGCAGGAAACUACCUAGCAUCAAAAGAUGCCAACAAGGUGAUAGAGAUCAACUCUUACCUGCUGGGCACCAUGUCAGGAAGUGCUGCAGACUGCCAGCACUGGGAGAGACUCCUGGCCAAAGAAUGCAGGUUGUACAGACUGAGAAACAACCAUCGGAUCUCUGUGGCUGCUGCAUCUAAGCUGCUGUCCAACAUGAUGCUGGGUUACAGAGGAAUGGGCCUUUCUAUGGGAAGCAUGAUCUGUGGAUGGGACAAACAGGGUCCCGGUCUGUACUAUGUGGAUGAUAAUGGGACACGUCUGUCUGGUCGUAUGUUUUCUACUGGAUGUGGAAAUAGUUACGCCUAUGGCGUGGUGGACAGCGGCUAUCGGGAAGACAUGACAGUAGAGGAGGCGUAUGAGCUCGGCCGUCGAGGCAUUACACAUGCUACACACAGAGAUGCUUACUCUGGAGGGGUGGUCAACAUGUACCACAUGAGAGAAGAUGGCUGGAUAAAGGUGUGUAAGGAUGACGUGUCGGAGCUGAUCCAUCAGUACAGAAAAGGAAUGUUCUGAGUUUCAUCAACAAAUCAACAUGUUGAAAACAAAACAAUACUGAUGUUUUUGCAAAUGAUUCACAAACUUCAUUCUAAAUAGUUUUUACUGUGACCCGAGUAGAGAAUAAUUCCAAGAAAAACAAUAACAAUUCCUUAUAAGAUUGUACCAAUUAAAAUCACUCCAAAUCAAGACUUUUGUAAUAAUUCCUGUAUACUAUGUUGUAUUGUACUGUGUGUUAGCAUGAUUGGCAUUUCAGUCAGAAUAAUAAUGUACAGUAGUUGUUGUAAAGGCUCACCUUUCAGCACACUCACUUCAAUAGAUGCACCUUGUUUCUUUUCCUCACCUUUGAUUGGGUGUGGUGCUUGCCCUUAAUUGUGCUCACCUGUCACUCGUUAUAUAAGGACUGCACUCACCUACAGCUCACUCUUUCUUCACUCCCACAUGGGGGGGCAGCUAAGGUGAGUUUCUGUUUGAGUCUCCUGAGUUCAUGUAUUAUUUUGAGUUACAGAGUGACUUAAAUCACACUAUUUCCUUUCAAAGUUAGUAGUCCAUGUGUGUCUUUCCUUUCAUACUGAUUAUUCAAUAAAACGAGAAACCUG